UCCCCUCCGUCCGUCUCCGUCCCCUUCCUCGCGUCGGGGGUGGGUGGAACGUGCGCCGAACCAGCAGCAGCAGCAGCCCCCGCCCCCGCUCCCCCCUUUUAUACCACGCCGCCAGUUCACACCAAAGCUUCUCUUCCUUCCUUCCUCCCUCCCCCCUUCGUCUUCCGGCUGGAUCACGCGCGCAGUCAGGAGGGCCGGGCGCUUGUGGAAUGGAAGAUCCGCUCUUUUUAGCCACUUGUGGUCAGUGAGCGGUUUGGUGGUGGUAGUUGGCCUCGCUUUCUUGGAGGGUUGCCCCAGCGCGUGCGCGGGGGAGGGAGAAGGACGAGGGCGUUGCUGCUUUUGUCGGCCGCCAUGGACUCCGGCAACAGCGGCAGCCUCCAGUCGUCCAGCGGCGGCGACGACGACUUCGACUCGCGGGGCGGCGGCGGCGUCGACUCCUCGCCGCUCUCCGCGCUGCUCCGGCCCACGCCCUCGCCCUCCGCGGCCGGGGCCUUCUCGAUGCACGGAUCGCUCUACGGCCUUCAGGAUUUCGCCUCCGCCCCGCCGCCGCCGCAGCAGCAACAGCAACAGCACCACCAGCAACACCAGCAGCAGCAGCAGGCGUCCUGGUCGGCGCAGUUCAUGGCGGGGCCGGCCUCCUCGUCGUCGCGUGUCGGGCCGCCCGACGCGGGCAUGGGCGGCGCGAGCGCGCAUCAGGCGCCUGAUCCGUCGGCUGCGGCUGCGACGGCGCCGCCCAGGGGGUCGCGGAAGAGGGCGCGCGCGUCGCGGCGUGCACCCACGACGGUGCUCACCACCGACACCUCAAACUUCCGCGCCAUGGUGCAGGAGUUCACCGGCAUCCCUAACCCGCCCUUCGCUGCCGGCGCAGGGGGGCCCGGUGGGUCUUUCAACUCCCGCUUCGACCACAUCUUCUCGUCCUCCGCCCUCCGCUCCGCCGCCGGUGCGGCCGGUGAUCCAGCCUCCUCGCUGCCGCCGUACCUCCUCCGUCCUUUCGCGCAGAAGCUCCAGACGGCACCUUCGCCUUUCGCGCCCUUCACGUCGCCGUCCUCGUCAACACCUCCGUCGUCGAACAUGGGCAUCGCCAAUGCCAAUGCCAGGGCGCCCGCCACGGCCGCCGCCACCACAACAGCGUCUGCCAAUCAGCGCGGCGUCGCCGGACAUGACUUCCAGCUGACGUCCUCGGCGCUCCUGCGGAUGCAGGACCACAGCAGCAACUACCUGUCUUUCCAGAACCUCCUCGGCUCCACGCAGCCUUCGUCGCAGCACAUGUUCGGCGGCAUGUCGCAUGGUGCAUCGAGGCUGCACGAGCAAUCGCCGUCGGAGUUCAUGCCAGGCGCCGGCAGCGGCAGCAUGGGGCUUACCCACGGCGGGAUGAUGGUCUCGGAGGGGAUGCACAUGCACCAACAACAAAGAAGCGACGUCCACCAGGGCGGCGACGAGCUGUCGGGCGUGGUCCGGGCCGGCGCGUCCGGGAGCGGCGGCGGCAGCUGCAAGUUGAACUACCCGCCCCACACCGGCGCGCCAUCGUCGUCGGCGGCAGCCAGCACCGACAUGCCACCGGACGGCGCCUCCCGGAGCAGCCGCGGCGAGGGCCUAGACCCAUGGCUUUGUACAUCCGAGUAGUGAAGAGAAAGAGAAAGGUGCAUGUUUUAGCCGCGCGCUCCCUGAUUAAUUUGCUCCUCGCUUCCGCCUCCAUGCAUCACAAACAACCAAGGUCUGGUUAAUCAUCUUUAUUUAGCAUUAUACCUUUUGUUGCUUAUUAUCGCCUUCUAUCUCCGUCACCAUAGAUCGGCCUUGUACAUUUAAAACAUCAUCUUUGGUUCGCUCCUCUCUUAGAUACAUUACACAUGUGCAAGGAGAGAUAGAGUAAUGGUGCAAUUACAGACAUUGAUUUCUUGUCCUCUACUAUGUACUAUGUUGAUCGGCACAGUGUGCGACCGAGUAGCAUCACUAAAGCUGGUUUAUC